AUGAAUAGCACUUUCUUGGAGUAGGAAGAAUUCUCACAAAAGCAGGUUAUAGUCACUAUGGAUUUCAAAGGUAUAACCUGGGUUGGGAAUAUGUACCAGAAGUUUGAAACUAUUUGCUUGGAAGUGGAAGAUAUUAUGUAUCAGGACACUGUUAAAUACUUUGAAAAUCAUGUUAAGUAUGUUGAAGAUCAGGUGGAAACAGUUGGUGAAAGUGUUAAAAAGUUCUGUUCAGAAAUUGUGCAAGAUUUGCUGCUUCCUGAUUCUUUGGAAGUGACAGAUUCUAACCUGUCCCUGGACCAACAUGAUAAUGUCAAGUUGUGUAAAAAGCCAAAAGUUGGUAUCAAGGAAGAGGCAAAAGUUGGUAUCAAGGAAGAGGCAAAAGUUGGCAUCAAGGAAGAGGCAAAAGUUAGCAUCAAGGAGGAAUUCAUAAAGUUUGAUAUUGAUCGAUUGACUGAGCAUUCUGAGAUUGCUGAUCUAAAUGAGGAUGUGGAGCACAAAUCAUCUUUCACUGGGCUGCAUGGUGUAAAUAACUUAUUCCAAUCAUAUUCUGGGAAUUCAGUUAGAGGGGCAUGCUCUGACUUGCAUUUGGUGCAAAAUGAUGAUGGGGUCAUGUGCAAGAAUCUAGAUGCUGGUAUCAAACGAAAUCCUGUAAAGGUGAGUCAGUUUCCAAUUGAGGUGUCAGGGGUAAUCACUCCUAUGUCAGGUGAUGUAAGCAGACUGCCAUCAUCCCUGAAUGAAAAUUGUGAAACAAGUGUAAUCAGAUUGGCUAUAACUUCGCCCCCAGCUUCAGUUGAGAUUACAGAGUGCAACUUGGAAGGAGCAAUUUGUAAUGAGAUUGCUGAUGUGACUGCUAUUUCAGUUGAUCUUCCAUCAGUUCCUUUAGUUGAAUCUAUUGGGAAGGAAGGGAGGGAGAUGUGUUUUCUUCCAGAGGUGGCUUAUCAUCAGAAUUAA